UAAGUCGCUCUUUAAUCAGCUUAACAGAUUUUAUUCUUUACUCCCAAUUUAAAAAUAUCCAGAAGAAUACUAUUCCCAAUUUGUCCUUCAGCUGCUAUCAGUUCUAAACACCUCCAUCUUCAUCUUUUCUCCUUCUAGCUAAACAUGGGUUCAAGAACCCUAAUCCAAUUCCCAAUUUUCUCACCACCACAACACAACAACCACCGUCCUUCAACUGAAAUCCGCUUCUCUCGUUGGAACAACGCCAAUGCCCAAAAAUUCAUCCAACAUGAACAAACUCAAAAACAAAUCGAAGACCAAAUCCGUUUCAAUAAGCGCUUCGAUUCUGCCCUCAACAUUGCCAAUAAUUACAGCCCUGCCCCUCCAUCACCAAUUAACACCACCUUCAAAUCAACUGGCACUCCUUCAUCUCCCUCUUCACCUUCCAUCCCUGGCAAAAAGUCCAAAUAUUCCAAACGAAAUUACCAAAAUAACCCUCACCCCCACCCAGCAUUUAAACCUUUAGUUAGACCCGGGAAACUUCCAGGAGAAACAAAAAAGAAUGAAUUAAAAUCAGCUAUUGAUAUAAAAGUAGACGAAAAUGGGGUGUGUUAUGAAUUUCCAGAAGCACCAUUUGUGUAUCAAUAUAGUUAUACUGAAACACCAAGGUUGAAGCCUAAUAAGUUACGUGAACCAUUAGUGUCACCUUUUGGACCUGACUCAAUGGGGAGGCCGUGGACAGGUAGGAAACCGUUGCCACCGAGUAAGAAGAAGCUUCCGGAAUUUGAUUCAUUUCAGUUGCCCCCGCCACAUAAGAAAGGGGUUAAGCCGGUUCAGGCUCCUGGACCCUUUUUGGCGGGUUCGGGGCCUAAGUAUGUUAAGUCUAGAGAAGAGGUAUUGGGAGAGGCGUUGACGAAAGAGGAAAUGAUGGAGCUUAUAAAUAGUUGUAAGAAAACAACACGACAAUUGAAUAUAGGACGAGAUGGCUUAACACAUAACAUGUUAGAGAAUAUCCAUGCUCACUGGAAGCGGAAAAGGGUGUGCAAGAUAAAAUGCAAGGGGGUGUGUACUGUAGACAUGGACAAUGUCUGUGACAAGUUAGAGGAAAAGACAGGUGGGAAAAUUAUCUAUCAUAAAGGUGGUCUGAUAUACCUUUUCCGUGGUCGAAACUACAACUACAAGACUCGGCCACGCUUCCCUCUCAUGUUAUGGCGGCCUGUAACUCCUGUCUACCCAAGGUUGGUUAAACGAGUUCCAGAGGGUCUGACUUUAGAGGAAGCAACUGAAAUGCGCAAAAAAGGACGAAAUCUGAUACCUAUCUGCAAGCUUGCGAAAAAUGGGGUGUAUUGUGACCUUGCAAAGAAUGUCAGAGAAGCAUUUGAAGCUUGUGAGUUGGUGCGUAUAAAUUGUCAAGGACUGAAUCCAAGCGAUUAUAGGAAGAUAGGUGCCAAGCUUAAGGAUCUUGUCCCAUGUGUGUUAAUCUCUUUUGAGGAAGAGCACAUACUCAUGUGGAGAGGACGGGAUUGGGUAUCCUCUCUACCUGAAGACAAAGACAAUCCUGAAAGAAGGAAGGGUUCAGAAUCUGAUGAUACUGCCAGCACUGACCGAUCCUUUGAAGGCCAAGUGGUUGCAUCUACAUCUGGAAGUCCAAGCUUACCAAUUACAGUAAUGAAUCCUUGCAAUCUCAGUCCUAGCACUUCUCCUCUGGGUGAGGAAGAUGCAGAAUAUGUUAGGAGCGACCGAACAAAGGAAGAUAGGUCGGAGCAUCACUAUUUGGAAUACUCCAAUAAGGUUCCUUUAGAUGUUUGGGCUGUUACGACGAUGGAGAUAAGUGAAAGUGAAAGCCCUUUGGUGUAUGCAGGAGAUACAGGUGACAAUUCUAGAACUCUGAGUGAAUGCAAAACAGUUUUGGAUGAUUUAGUGGUGGAUCCAGAAAAUGAGUUGGGGGGCGCUUCAGAUGAUGUGGAACACAAGUCUGAUUCCUCGUCUUUGGUUCCCUUGACUGGUUACAAGGUGCAUUCUGUAUCAGUAGAUGCAAACCAAAACUGUCAGCCGGUAAGCUCAAUCACGCCAUGGAUGGAAGGAGUUUUACUACUUUGGAAGCAGGCUAUUGAAAGUGGGAGUGCAGUUCUAUUAGAUGAUUCUAGCUUCGAUGCUGACAUUGUGUAUGAAAGGGCAAUUGCUCUCUCUAAAUCUGCCCCACCUGGACCAGUUUUUCAGCAUCGGCCUAAGAAAGUGUUAGUUCAAAGACGCGGGGAAGAAGAAACUGGCGAUUUGGAGGUAGGAUGCAUGAAAGACACUCUUGCUUCUUUGAGAAAAGAAACUGUUGUUUCAGCUAGAAAGGUCACUUCAACAAAGAGUACUAGAAAGGAGAAGUUGAAGGGUAUUAGAGAAGAUUAUCUAAAUGUAGUUCCGAAAGGAAGUUUAGGAGUAGAUGAGCUUGCCAAAUUACUUGCUUAACUUGAUGAAUGAGUAACAAUGUUCAAGGAUCAAGUCAAUUAUUCUUUUGUAUAAUGUCAAUAUGUCAUGGUAUGUUUUCUCUAAUUUUCCUGUAUACGUCAAUAUAUUUCUUUCCUUUUUGUUC